AUGAGAGCCUCAUCGAUCACCGCUUUUCUAUUGAUUUGGAAUUGUAUCGAUUUUAUUGAUCCCCAUAGAUGGCUGGUAAAUGCUGCCAACCCUUCAACCAAAAAGGGUACGACUCGAUUUUCCAGCUUGAAGAUACAUUCAAAUAUUAGAUAUCGCUUCGCUCGAACAUCCCUGAUAGGUGAGCUGAAUAAUCCCGGCGGCCAAGUCCAAGAGAUCACGUGGGACGUUAUUUUACCCGAGUCUGCCUUUGUUUCCAAUCUGAGCGCGAUAAUCAAUAAUCAACAUUUCAAUGGCGAAGUGGUUAUUCUUGAUAAGAAGCAAGCGCGACCAAAGUACAAAGUUAUGCGGUCACCUGGAACAGCUGCAUUUUCCUUACAAUUGCACGCACCAGCCAAAAGUCGGAUGACCUUGUCAUUAUCCUACGAGCAAUUGCUAGACAGGCGGCUGGGACAAUAUGAGCAGAAGAUUUAUCUAAUCCCUGGACAAGAUAUGGAUACUCUAGACAUUCAAGUGGACAUUGAGGAAACAAAUGCUAUUUCCAAAGUGAAGGUGCCACCAAUGAUCGAUUCGAAGUCGUCUGUUGUCAUUCAAAAGACCAGCGCUCGCGCCACCACUAUAAAGUAUUCCGCCUCGGCGUCACAGUUGCGCAGACUCAGUCAGAAAACAACAGCAGAGUUUUGUGUUCAUUAUGAUCUCACAAGACUUAGUGGAGCCGGAAAUAUUUUGUUGUCCAAUGGAUAUUUUGUGCAGUAUUUCAGAGUUGAUAACUGGUCAACUUUGCCAAUGGACAUUGCCUUUGUGUUGGAUGUCAGUGGGUCUAUGUUUCAAAAUGGAAUUAAUCAACUGAAGACAGCUAUGCAUAGCAUACUUUCAAAAUUACGUGAUACUGACCGUUUUGGCAUUGUUGUGUACAAUAUGAAUGUGGAUUUGUGGAAGGACAAGAUGGUUCAUGCUACAAAGGAAAAUAUUGACGAGGCGUGGAAUUUUAUCAAUGGGCAAAUUCCAUUCGGAAGAUCUAAUAUAAACGAUGCUCUGUUGAAAGGCCUUUCCCUUAUACAAAAAUCCAGUCUUGCCAGUGCUGCUUUUCGAGCGAUGAACAUUUUCUUCCUGACUGACGGCGAUGCUUCCGAAGGCAUCACACAAACAUCUAAGAUUAUUGCAAAUGUUAAGAACGCAAAUCGAAUGCAAAUUCCGAUCCACUCAAUCCUCAUUGCGGAUGCGAGUUUCCAUUUGGCCAAUCAACUUGCGCUGACAAGCCACGGUCAGUCCUUACGUAUCUACUCACCGGAGCAGCUCAUCACUGAACUGAAGGAGUUCUUCGAUCACAUUAGUAACGUGUUGGCCAAGCAACUAAGGUUCAAGUAUGCAGAUCAGUUGGUUAAAAAGACGACGCAGGAUGAUUUCCAGGUCUAUUACGAGGGUUCAGAACUAGUAGUAGCAGGUAUGUGCAAGCAGGGAGCGGGAAACAUUGAUCCUUCGGUGGUUCUAAUAAAUUCGGAUGGAGAAAGGACAAUGCAGGUAUCGUCAGAUUCUUACACUCAAGACGUCGGGAAUAUCGCAGAGAGAGUGUUUGCCUUGCUGAGCGUUAAGCAAACGAUGAAGCGUGCUUUUGGAUACGAUGAAGAACAAGAUGAAGACGGAAUCUACAAAAAAGCGGCCGACAUUGCACUCAAGUACAAAUAUCUGACGCCCAUGACUUCGAUGAAAGUUUCCAGCAAAGAGUCUGUAUUAGGGUCUGCCAAUUCUCAGAAACCUUUUCGCUCCAACGGUCGAGUGUAUGGUGUCCAUGGCGGUUAUGGCGGAGGAGGUGGUGAUCCUCAUUUUAUCAUGGAUAUUACUGGUUUGGACAUACCUAUUUGUUUUAAUGUCAUCAGUCAGCCUAGGCAGAUUAUGACUCUUGUGGAUGAUCCUAGUACACGCAUUCAAGCUACAGCGUCUAUUGUAUUGAUGCAGAGCAAUUCAAGUCAUCAUUUCAAAACCUACAUGGGAGAGAUUCAAGUUCGAGCUCCAGGUCUUGAAUUAAAGGUUACGCCACACUCAAUAAUUGCCAAUUCUCAGUCGCUAUCGUGGACAAGCGAGUCGAUAAUCAAAUUUGCGACAUCGGACGUCACAAGUCAUGGGGAUGGCAAAAUAUUUACCAUUAGGAUAGGAAAUGAAGUCCGCUUCGCUGUGAAGAGAGUCAUUCGACAUGGCAUUCCACACAAGGUGGAUUUUCUCGACUUCUACAUCACCGACAGACGGGGUUUGUCUAUAAGAACGAAAGGAAUUGUGGGUGGUCUUGUCCAUUUAGUUGGUUAUGUCAGAUGGACACAGAAAGACCUUUUGUCUCAGGACAUUAAUAGCCGUUCUGCUGACAUUUUCCUUCCUUUCUUUACAACUAACAGCAGCCAUCUUAAACAUUUUCUUGUUGCAGUUGUUCCACAAACAUCUUCCUCCUUUCGCCAUCAUCCCACAAACAUCCUCCUCUCUUUACUGUCAUCGCACAAACAUCUUUUCUUAUCUCUUCUACAUUUUUUUUUUUUUACCAAAUAUUAA